UUAUUCUGGGUCUUUAAGUGUCUUAUUUUCCUUUUCUUUUUCCUUAUUCGCCCCUUUUUGGCAAAGGGCGAGUGUGGUGGAAUAUUCUGUAUCUGCAAUUUACUUUUGCUUUUGUAGUCUGCGUGAUUUGGUGUUGGAUGAUUCAUCUUUGCAUGCUACUGAGUAAAAUUUCUGAGAUAUUAAUGUCGUCCAUGUUAAAUUUUAUAAAGAAAGAUUUCAAGAUUAUGUUUUUGUUGAAUGUACAAAAUUUAGUCUGAUUCGAACUCUUUAAAUUGUUGAAAAAAAAAAUAACUGGUUAUCUAUUAUUACUGUUAACUAGUAUUGUUAUGAUUUUUUUGCUGUACUUGGGUUACCUGUGGGGAAGAUGAAUUUCAAGUUAAAGUAUUGGAAAACAAUUAAUUAUUUUUAAUGUAAGAUUAAUAGCUAAUGACAUGGAUUGUGCUAAACUUUAUGAUUCCAAAUAGAAGAUUUUGUUGCCAGUUUUCUGCUGUCAGUCCAAAUAGUCAUUUAUAGCAACAUCACAAGAGUUGUGAAUUGGUGUAUAUAUUAUUUUCCAUUAUUGGAUAAGCAUCUUAAUUCAAACACAAAGGUUAUAACAUGAUUCUAUUUUAAGUUUCAGGUUUGUGUUGAAGGAACGUGAAGGUCUACUAGAUUUCUAAUCUUGUUAAUGCUGCUGACAUCUAUAAAUUGAGCUGUGUUAUAAAGUUGUAUAAUGGAGUUUUCUGGGUGGUGUACAUUGUUUCUGUGAGCAUUACAAUAUCUAGUACAUAUGCUUCACGCAUGUGAUGGCCCACCAUACAUGCUUCCGAUGUCAAGUGGAAAUUCCUACUAUGAUGACUUGCGAAUGAAACCUGAGGUCAUUGAUCCACCUGAAAAUGAAGACACAUUGGACAUUGGUGAGCAUGUCAAUGACACCUCAGAAAGUGCUUCAAAGCCUAAUGUGGCUAUUUCGACAAAUGUCCGUGACCUGCUGGAGUGUCCUGUUUGCUUGAAUGCUAUGUACCCUCCAAUUAGUCAGUGCUCCAACGGUCACACGUUAUGUUCUGGUUGUAAACCCAGGGUGCACAACCGAUGUCCAACUUGCAGGCAUGAACUUGGUAAUAUCCGCUGUUUGGCAUUGGAGAAGGUAGCUGCAUCCCUCGAGCUUCCGUGUAAAUAUCAAAGUUUUGGGUGCAUAGGCAUCUAUCCUUACUACAGCAAGCUUAAACACGAAUCUCAGUGCACUUAUAGACCUUACAAUUGUCCUUAUGCCGGAUCAGAGUGCUCGGUCAUUGGUGAUAUUCCAUUUCUUGUGAGCCAUUUGAAAGAUGAUCACAAAGUAGACAUGCAUAGCGGUAGUACUUUCAACCAUCGCUAUGUCAAAUCAAAUCCACAUGAAGUUGAGAAUGCAACAUGGAUGCUUACGGUUUUCAGUUGCUUUGGGCAGUAUUUCUGUCUGCAUUUUGAAGCGUUUCAGCUUGGAAUGGCGCCGGUUUAUAUAGCAUUUUUGCGGUUCAUGGGGGAUGACAACGAGGCAAAAAACUAUAGCUAUAGUCUAGAAGUUGGAGGCAAUGGAAGGAAGAUGAUAUGGCAGGGAGUGCCUAGGAGCAUCAGGGACAGCCACCGAAAGGUUCGUGAUAGUUUUGAUGGGCUCAUCAUCCAACGCAACAUGGCACUCUUUUUCUCCGGUGGAGACAGGAAAGAACUGAAGCUGCGGGUCACUGGUAGGAUCUGGAAGGAGCAGUAACGCGAUCCUUGCUCACCGCUGCUUGUAGUUGUAGAAUUAGGUUUAGCACAACGGAAUCUUCAGUUCAUGUGUUUUGGGUGGCAAACUCUCCUUGCAUCAAUUACAUGCUGAAGAAUCCUGGUUAGUUAUCCACUGUUAUGUGUUAGGAUCUUGAUUAGUGAUUGUAUGAAUCUGCUGCUGCUGUUCAUGUUGUAUCUUUGUGCUUGGAAAACAUUGCUGCAAGGAAACAUGGGCUUUUAAGUAAUUUACUAUCCCGCCUUUUUGCUA